AUGGCCUUCACGGACCUGCUGGACACGCUGGGUGGCGUGGGCCGCUUCCAGCUCAUCUACACGGCCCUGCUGCUGCUGCCCUGCAGCCUGCUGGCCUGCCACAACUUCCUGCAGAACUUCACGGCCGCCGUGCCCCCCCACCACUGCCAAGGCCCUGCCAACCACACUGCGGCCACCACCAACGACUCAGGGGCCUGGCUGAGAGCCACCAUACCCCUGGACCAGUUUGGGGCCCCCGAGCCGUGCCGACGCUUCACGGAGCCUCAGUGGGCCCUCCUGAGCCCCAACACCUCCGUCCAUGGGGCGGCCACAGAGGCCUGCAAAGACGGCUGGGUCUAUGACCGCAGCAUUUUCCCGUCCACCAUCGUGAUGGAGUGGGACCUGGUGUGUGAGGCCCGCACCCUCCGCGACCUGGCUCAGUCCAUCUACAUGGCCGGGGUGCUGCUGGGCGCCUUCGUAUUUGGCAGCCUUGCUGACAGGCUGGGCCGCAAGGCGCCCCUGGUCUGGUCAUACUUGCAGCUGGCGGUGUCCGGGGCUGCUGCGGCAUACUUCAGCUCCUUUGGGGCCUACUGUGCCUUGCGGUUCCUGAUGGGAAUGACCUUCUCCGGCAUCAUCCUCAACUCCCUCUCUCUGGUUGUGGAGUGGAUGCCCACCCAGAGCCGGACCGUGGCGGGGGUCCUGCUGGGGUUCUCCUUCACCCUGGGCCAGCUCAUCCUGGCCGGAGUGGCCUACCUGAUCCGCCCCUGGCGGUGGCUACAGUUUGCUGUCUCUGUUCCUUUCCUCGUCUUUUUCCUCUAUUCUUGGUGGCUGCCGGAGUCAUCCCGAUGGCUCCUCCUUCACGGCAAGUCCCAGCUAGCUGUGCGGAACCUGCGGAAGGUGGCUGCGAUGAACGGGAGAAAGGAGGAGGGGGAAAGGCUGACUCAGGAGGUGGUGAGCUCUUACAUCCAGAAUGAGCUCACAGGCGUCCGCGCCUCCAACUCGGUCUUGGACCUCUUCCGAACCCCAGGCAUCCGCAAGGUCACGUGCUGUCUCAUGGUGAUCUGGUUCUCCAACUCCAUGGCUUACUAUGGCCUGUCCAUGGACCUGCAGAAGUUUGGGUUCAGCGUAUACCUGGUGCAGGUCCUGUUCGGGGUCGUGGACAUCCCAGCCAUGCUGGUGGCCACUGCCACCAUGAUUUAUGUGGGCCGCCGAGCCACAGUGUCCUCCUUCCUCAUCCUGGCCGGGCUCAUGGUGAUCGCCAACAUGUUUGUGCCAGAAGAUAUGCAGACUCUGCGCACGGCCCAGGCGGCACUGGGCAAAGGCUGCCUGGCCAGCUCCUUCAUCUGCAUGUACCUGCACGCAGGAGAGCUCUACCCCACAGAGAUCAGGCAGAUAGGUAUGGGCUUCGCCUCAGUCAAUGCCCGCUUCGGGGGCCUGGUAGCACCUCUGGUCACCGCAGUCAGGGAGUUCAAUGCCAUCCUGCCACCUGUGAGCUUCGGGGCCACCUCGCUCCUGGCCGGUCUGGUCGUCUGCUUCCUGGCUGAGACCCGCAACAGACCCCUAGUGGAGACUAUCGCUGUGAUGGAGAGGAGAGUCGGAGAAGGCCUUUCCAAGAAGGAUGUGGAGGGGAAGAGUGAGGAGAUUUCUCUUCAGCAGCUGGGAGCUUCUGCCCUCAAGGAAACCAUCUAA